AGCACAGAAAUCAUGUCCAUUAAAAACAAUGUGACAGAAUUUAUUUUACUGGGGCUGACAGAUGAUCCUGCAGAACAGAAAAUCAUUUUUGUCAUUUUCAUAAUUCUCUAUGUGGCAACUAUUUUGGGGAACUUACUCAUUAUAGUAACCAUCAAGACCAGCCAUACUCUUGAAUCUCCUAUGUACUUCUUCCUGACCUAUUUGUCCCUUUCUGAUGCCUGUUUUUCCACCACCACGACCCCCAAAUUUCUCAUCAUCACCCUCUCUGAGAAGAAGACCAUCUCCUUCAGUGGCUGUAUGACCCAGAUCUUUGCCCUCCAUUUCUUCGGCUGCUUGGAAACACUGAUCCUCAUUAUGAUGUCGUACGAUCGCUAUGUGGCCAUCUGCAAACCCCUGCAUUACACAGCCAUCAUGAACAGGCGUGUCUGCAGCAUCUUGAUAGGAAUAGCCUGGUUUGGUUCUUUUCUGCAUUCUUCUACCCAGCUUUUACUCACUCUGAAUUUACCCUUCUGUGGCCCCGAUGUGAUCGAUCACUUUUUUUGUGAUUUGCAACCCUUGAUGAAACUCGCCUGCACUGACACAUAUUUUAUAAACCUGCUGUUUGUUUCUAAUAGUGGAGCCAUCUGUACCUUGAGUUUUGUAAUGCUCAUGGCUUCCUACAUGGUUAUCUUGUACUCACUGAGGUCUAAGGGGGCUGAAGGAAGGCUCAAAGCUCUGUCCACCUGCAGCUCCCACAUUCUUGUGGUCACCUUAUUCUAUGGCCCCUGUAUAUUCAUAUACACACGGCCCCAGACCACCUUUCCUGUGGACAAAUCGGUGUCAGUAUUCUACACAGUUGUCACUCCAUUGUUAAACCCUUUGAUCUACACUCUGAGGAACAAAGAAGUGAAGGAUGCCAUGAGAAAGUUAUGGAGCCACAGAGUGACUCCCAGGGGCAAAUGA